CAGCUCAGGAUAUUCCAGGAUUCUGUGAUUCUAAGCAUAUUGGGAGAUCAGAAUCAGCAAGGGCUGAAUUCCUCUGAGAGUUGUGCUGUCCUGAGUUGUCCUUGGCCCUCCUGUCACGGGGGUGGUGGAUGGGGAAGCUCCUCAGAGGUGGAGGGAGGUGAAUGCCAGAACAAACUGGCUGAGGAGGAAUCUUGCCUGAGAUAACUUUACUUUUUAAAGCAUCCUUAGGCAUUCGAGGAAUCCGGAUCACAAGGGGGAGGGAGAUCUGUCUGGGCUCAAGGGUGUCAGUGUGUUCCUGGGAAACAUGAUGAUGCUUUUCUGUGCACAUCACUGGGAACAUUGCUCUUGCAGCUGAUAAAGCCAAAGGCUGGCCAUGACCCUGCACAGCCUCAGAGGGUUCUUUUUUCCCCAGGAGCUGGAAGAAGAGGUGGUCUCACACCUUUCUGUAGGGUUUUUUGUGAAUGUGGGGGUGUAGGGCACUGGUUGCCUCUGAUCCUGGUGGAGGGACUUGUCCCACUUUUUCUACAAGGGCCACUGCAGUGUCAGGCUCAUGGAAGGGGUUGCCUAAAUUAGCUGCAAGGAUGGCUUGUCUGGGUGAUAAAUGGAUACCAGUAGCUUGGGCUCUCUGCAGAAAUUGGGGUUUGCUCCAGGUACAUGGUGUGGCAAACACAAGGGAAAUUCCAAGGUGCAUCCUGAGCAUGUUGGGAUCACUGUGGCUUUUGGCACAUGUCUGUGCCAGAGUUUGUGUUUGGCCCUGGGCUGGUUCCCAGAUCUGGGCACCUGGUUGGAACCCAAGCAAGCAUCACUUGGUGAUACUCAGGAGCCCUUUGUGGCUCCCUGAUGUGGUGAGGACAUUUCCAGCAGAGCAGGAGCUGCCUUGAGGACCCUGGGGUGUGAAUGGGACAGGGCUGGGAGAUGGAGCCAGCGGGAGGAGUUGCCAGGGGGCUUGGGGAGCCCCAGGGUGAUGCUGUGGUGGGACAGGGAGGCUCUGCCCACCCAGGGUGCUUGGUGGGGCAGGGAGGCUCUGCCUGAAGCAGCUGCUGAUCCAUGAAGCCGUGGCAGUGACCUGGGACAGGGGCUGGGCCCUGCAGUGCAGCCACUCGAGGUGCUGGGGAGGUGUCACAGGCAGCACAAACCUGCUGGGGUGGUUGUGGCUGCAGCAGCUCCAGCCAGUGCCCUGCCCUCACCCUCUGCCCCCAGGGUUCCUGGGGUGUGGGUGAUGCUUCCCGGUGGUGCCCCUGGUGCCAGGAUCCAAACCCCUGUGGCUUCUGCUCCUUUGCAGAGUCCCUUGGGACCCCCACCAAGGCGUGUCCCAAGCCCAGGUGACAGGCAGGGAUGUGACUGUCAAUGUUUCCUGACCCCAAGAGCCAACCCCCAUCCAAAUGGCCCUGAGGAGUCCCAGGGCUGCCCCCAGACCUCAGGGCAGCUUUAGGGUGCAGGGGUGCCCUGCUCAGGUGCUGGGCUCUGCUUCAGUGCCAUGGCUCUGCUGUAGCCUCCCCUCAUGGGAACAAGGGCUCCAUGGCCAUGCUGGGUUUGGGCUGUUUGACUCAGGGGCUUUGGGGAAUCUGGUGAGUGUGAGCUCAUGCUGCUGGGGGUGUGUCACUGUUGGUCCCCAUGGUGUCCCAGCCCUCUCUGACGGUGCUCUCUGGCUGCAGACACGCCACGGGCAAGGCUCAGCAUGGGAACUUCCUGGUGGCCAUCAAACAGGAGAAGGGGGAGUCGGCCCGGGUGGGCGGUGAGAAGCCAGAGGAGGAGCCGGUGAAGAAGAGGGGCUGGCCCAAGGGCAAGAAGAGGAAGAAGAUCCUUCCCAAUGGCCCCAAAGCCCCUGUGACGGGCUACGUGCGCUUCCUGAACGAGCGGCGCGAGCAGAUCCGCACACAGCACCCCGACCUGCCCUUCCCAGAGAUCACAAAGAUGCUGGGAGCAGAGUGGAGCAAACUGCAGCUCUCUGAGAAGCAGGUACUGGCCCCCAGGGCUGGGCAGCUCCNAGGGAAAAGCCGUCAGAUCCAGACCCCAAUCUGGCCCCGGUACGUGGCUGGAGGCUGCAGCAGCUCUCGGGGCUGA